GAGGAAAAGCGCUGGUUUGCGCACCCCGGGUGGCCGGUGCGCGCCGAUACGUGGGGGCACGCGAAGGAUGCCGACAGGAGGCGCGCGGUCGAGGUCGGCGUCUGGGAGGCGCUCGAUACGGACCGCGAGUUUGAUGAUGAGAACUGUGUGAGAGUCGCUCUGCGCCCUGAUGAUGAAGACGUUACCAUGGAGGAACAGGUUGAGGCCGUCGUGGCGGUGUUUUUGCGCUGGUUGGCCGGCCUCAGGGACGGUGUUAUCCCCGCUACGUUUUGGACGGAGGUUGUCGCCGCUGGCGGGGACAGUAAAGCCGCUGAAGAGGUCCUCGACCGCCUCCCCGAACAGGGCGGGCAAACGCACGCCAUCGUCUUCGUGAACCUGAUGGGGUUCAUCCAAGAGCUGCUCGAGAUCCUAGUGAACAAGCAGGAAGGCGACAAGAAGAAGCAGAUGGCCGCAAUCCUGGAGCGGAUCCUGGAGCCCCUGACGGCAGUGCUCGUCAAGCGGCCAGAGAGUAUCGCCACGAAGAUUUCGUACAAGGAGGAAACCGCGAGCAGGGCGUGGGUAAGGAGGUUCAUAGAGAUGUAG